UCUUUUAAAAAAAACAAAAAAAAAAGAGAGAGAAAAUUGAAUCUUCCACAGAGAACGAAAUAGAAUUGUCAUCUCAAAUUCUCAAUUCAUAUCCGCACAGCUUUCAUCUCUCUCUCUCCUUCCGACCUUCCUUCAUUUCUGGCGCGUAAAAGCCGGCCAGGAACCAGAACCAUGAAGAUUCGGAGAUGAUAAUCGAUUACGAAUCUCUCACAGUGAGCGAUAGAUAAGAAUGGCAACUCAGCUGCUAUCUCAGACUUCAAUUUUUUCCUCUGUUUUCUGUAGCAAUAGUAAUGGUGUUGGUUUUUAUAAAUUCCGCUCUUCCCCUCACAUCCAUCAUGUCUCUGUUUCUUCUUCUUCUUCAUUUGCGAUGGGUAAAACCAAUCAGUCCAUUUCUAGACUCUGUUAUUUGGCGGCCGAUUUGGUGAAAUCAGGCAAUGGAUGUUCAUGGAUUCAAGAUAACUCCUCGGGUCGCAGUGUUGCUGCCUCCGACGAGUGUUAUCAAGGCACCGUUUGUUAUGCAUUACCCAUGAAACCAGCACAAGUUUCCACUGUGGAGGAUCUUUUUGAAUUCAUAUGCUCAGGUCCCUUGAUAGAAAAGUUGGGUAUGAGCCCUCAAAAUGUAGCUGAUGCCAUAGAUAAAUGGCUGGCUUAUGGUUCUUAUCUUUGUCGAUUGUUCAAGGUUAAUGAAAUGGAGCUCACCAUUCCCCAGAAAGCAAGAUUUUACCAUUACUACAUACCUGUGUUUUUUUGGUGUGAGGAUCAAAUAUCUCAACACCAUUCCUCAUUUAAAGAAGAAGAAGAAAUACCUCCCUUAGUGAUAGGAUUUAGUGCUCCGCAAGGUUGUGGCAAGACGACGCUCGUGUAUGCUCUCAAUUAUCUUUUUGAAGUAACAGGCAGGAAGUCUGCUAUGUUAUCCAUUGAUGACUUCUAUCUCACAGCUGAAGGGCAGACCCAACUGAGGGAAAGCAAUGCCGGAAAUGCACUUCUGGAGUUUCGUGGAAAUGCUGGAAGUCACGAUCUUGAACUGUCGGUUGAAACACUCACAGCUCUAUACAAGAUGACCAAGGAAGAUGAAGGUUUAAAGAUGAAGAUUCCCAGAUAUGAUAAAUCUGCAUUCAGUGGAAGAGGUGACAGGGCUGAUCCUUCUACUUGGCCAGAGGUUGAAGGACCACUAACAGUUGUCUUGUUUGAAGGCUGGAUGCUUGGCUUCAAACCGCUCUCGACAGAAGCUGUCACAGCAGUUGAUCCACAGCUUGAGACAGUGAACAACAGCAUGAAAGCGUACUACAACGCUUGGGAUAAGUACAUAAAGGCGUGGAUCGUGAUCAAGAUAAACGACCCCAGUUGUGUUUACAAUUGGCGGCUGCAGGCAGAGAUUGCAAUGAGAGAGGCAGGAAAACCCGGGAUGAGCGACGAAGAGGUUAGAGAUUUUGUUUCACGUUAUCUGCCGGCGUACAGGGCUUAUCUUCCCACGUUAUACUCGGAAGGGCCAAGUGGGUCAGAUCCAAAGAGGCUGCUUGUGGUUGAAAUCGAUGAAGAAAGGAAUCCAAUUCUUGGUUAUUAGGUGGGUUUCUCAGCUUUCACAUGCUCUUUUGACUGCCUUUUUACACCCCUAUGUGGAUACCACCUACCUACUACUUCCACACAGGUAAUAGCUCUUACUCUUGGAUUGUUCGAAAAAUUACAAAUUUAGUCU